GCGAGGUUUCCGGUGUUGUGACUGAAACCCGUCAAUAUGGCGGCGGUCGGCCGCGGCCGCUCGCUGAAGAACCUCCGAAUACGAGGGCGGAAUGACAGCGGCGAGGAGAACGUCCCGCUGGAUCUGACCCGAGAACCUUCUGAUAACUUAAGGGAGAUUCUCCAAAAUGUGGCCAAAUUGCAAGGAGUAUCAAAUAUGAGAAAGCUAGGCCAUCUGAAUAACUUUACUAAGCUGCUUUGUGAUAUUGGCCUCAAUGAAGAAAAACUGGGUUUUAACUAUGAGGAUAUCAUAAUUUGCUUGCGGUUAGCUUUAUUGAAUGAAGCAAAAGAAGUGCGGGCAGCAGGGCUACGAGCUCUUCGGUAUCUCAUCCAAGACUCCAGUAUUCUGCAGAAGGUGCUAAAAUUGAAAGUGGACUAUUUAAUAGCUAGGUGCAUUGACAUACAGCAGAGCAACGAGGUAGAGAGGACACAAGCACUUCGAUUAGUCAGAAAGAUGAUUACUGUGAAUGCUUCCUUGUUUCCUAGCUCUGUGACCAACUCAUUAAUAGCAGUUGGAAAUGAUGGACUCCAAGAAAGAGAUAGAAUGGUUCGAGCAUGCAUUGCCAUUAUCUGUGAACUAGCACUUCAGAAUCCAGAGGUGGUGGCCCUUCGAGGUGGACUAAACACCAUCUUGAAAAAUGUGAUCGAUUGCCAAUUAAGUCGAAUAAAUGAGGCUCUCAUUACUACAAUUUUACACCUCCUUAAUCAUCCAAAGACCCGACAGUAUGUACGAGCUGAUGUAGAAUUAGAGCGAAUUUUAGCACCCUAUACUGAUUUUCACUACAGACAUAGUCCAGAUACAGCUGAAGGACAGCUUAAAGAAGACAGAGAAGCAAGGUUUCUAGCAAGUAAAAUGGGAAUCAUAGCAACCUUCCGGUCAUGGGCAGGUAUUAUUAAUUUAUGUAAGCCUGGAAACUCUGGGAUUCAGUCUCUAAUUGGAGUACUUUGCAUUCCAAAUAUGGAAAUAAGGCGCGGUCUCCUUGAAGUGCUUUAUGAUAUAUUUCGUCUUCCUCUACCUGUUGUGACUGAAGAGUUCAUAGAAGCACUGCUCAGUGUAGAUCCAGGUAGAUUCCAAGACAGUUGGAGGCUUUCGGAUGGCUUUGUAGCAGCUGAGGCAAAAACUAUUCUUCCUCAUCGUGCCAGAUCCAGGCCAGACCUCAUGGAUAAUUAUUUGGCACUGAUACUCUCAGCAUUUAUUCGUAAUGGGCUUUUAGAGGGUUUGGUUGAGGUGAUAACAAACAGUGAUGACCAUAUCUCAGUUAGAGCUACCAUCCUUUUAGGAGAGCUUUUACAUAUGGCAAACACAAUUCUUCCUCAUUCACAUAGCCAUCAUUUGCACUGCCUGCCAACCCUAAUGAAUAUGGCUGCAUCCUUUGAUAUCCCUAAGGAAAAGAGACUGCGAGCCAGUGCAGCCCUGAACUGUUUAAAACGCUUCCAUGAAAUGAAGAAACGAGGACCUAAGCCUUAUAGCCUUCAUUUAGAUCACAUUAUUCAGAAAGCAAUUGCAACACACCAGAAACGGGAUCAAUAUCUCCGAGUUCAGAAAGAUAUAUUUGUUCUUAAGGAUACAGAGGAAGCUCUUUUAAUGAACCUUAGAGAUAGCCAAGUCCUUCAACAUAAAGAGAAUCUUGAAUGGAAUUGGAAUCUUAUAGGGACCAUUCUUAAGUGGCCAAAUGUAAAUCUAAGAAACUAUAAAGAUGAACAGUUGCACAGGUUUGUACGAAGACUACUUUAUUUUUACAAACCCAGCAGUAAAUUAUAUGCCAAUCUGGAUCUGGAUUUUGCCAAGUCCAAGCAGCUCACAGUUGUGGGUUGCCAGUUUACAGAAUUUCUUCUUGAGUCUGAAGAGGAUGGGCAAGGAUACUUAGAAGAUCUAGUAAAGGAUAUUGUUCAGUGGCUCAAUGCCUCGUCUGGCAUGAAACCUGAAAGAAGUCUUCAAAAUAAUGGUUUAUUGACAACUCUUAGUCAACACUACUUUUUAUUUAUUGGAACACUUUCUUGCCACCCUCAUGGAGUCAAAAUGCUGGAAAAAUGCAGUGUAUUUCAAUGUUUACUUAACCUUUGCUCCUUGAAAAACCAAGAUCACUUGCUGAAACUGACUGUUUCAAGCUUGGACUAUAGCAGAGAUGGAUUGGCUAGGGUCAUACUUUCCAAAAUCUUAACGGCAGCCACUGAUGCCUGCAGGCUGUAUGCAACAAAACAUUUAAGAGUAUUACUGAGAGCUAAUGUUGAAUUCUUCAAUAAUUGGGGAAUUGAAUUACUAGUGACCCAGCUGCAUGAUAAAAGCAAAACGAUUUCUUCUGAAGCUCUUGAUAUUCUCGAUGAAGCGUGUGAAGACAAGGCCAAUCUUCAUGCUCUUAUUCAGAUGAAGCCAGCUUUAUCUCACCUUGGGGACAAGGGUUUGCUUCUCCUCCUGAGAUUUCUCUCCAUUCCAAAAGGGUUUUCCUAUUUGAAUGAAAGGGGUUAUGUAGCAAAACAGUUGGAAAAGUGGCACAAGGAAUAUAAUUCAAAAUAUGUUGACUUGAUUGAAGAACAACUUAAUGAAGCACUUACUACUUACCGAAAGCCAAUUGAUGGUGACAACUAUGUUCGUCGGAGUAACCAAAGAUUACAGCGUCCUCAUGUCUACCUACCUGUACAUCUUUACGGACAACUGGUACACCACAAAACAGGCUGUCAUUUGUUGGAAGUACAGAAUAUUAUUACAGAACUCUGUCACAGUGUCCGUACACCAGAUUUGGAUAAAUGGGAAGAAAUUAAAAAACUGAAAGCAUCUCUAUGGGCCUUGGGAAAUAUUGGCUCAUCAAAUUGGGGUCUUAAUUUGCUACAGGAAGAAAAUGUGAUUCCAGAUAUACUAAAACUUGCAAAACAGUGUGAAGUUCUUUCCAUCAGAGGGACCUGUGUAUAUGUGCUUGGGCUCAUAGCCAAAACCAAACAAGGCUGUGAUAUUCUAAAAUGUCACAACUGGGAUGCUGUAAGGCACAGUCGCAAACAUCUGUGGCCAGUGGUUCCAGAUGAUGUAGAACAGCUCUGUAAUGAACUCUCAUCUGUCCCAAGCACCCUGAGUUUGAACUCAGAGUCAACCAGCUCUAGACAUAAUAGUGAAAGUGAAUCUGCGCCAUCAAGUAUGUUCAUAAUGGAGGAUGACCGGUUUGGCAGCAGCUCUACUAGUACAUUUUUCCUUGAUAUCAAUGAAGAUGCAGAGCCAGCAUUUUAUGAUCGAUCUGGACCUAUGAAGGAUAAAAAUUCAUUCCCUUUCUUUGCUUCUAGUAAACUUGUGAAGAAUCGUAUCUUAAAUUCGCUUACCUUGCCUAAUAAAAAACAUCGUAGUAGCAGUGAUCCAAAAGGAGGGAAACUGUCAUCUGAAAAUAAGACAAGCAACAGGCGGAUCAGAACGCUUACAGAGCCCAGUGUUGACUUUAAUCAUAGUGAUGAUUUCACACCCAUAUCCACAGUGCAGAAAACAUUACAAUUAGAAACUUCAUUUGUUGGGAAUAAGCACAUUGAAGACACUGGUAGUACUCCAAGUAUUGGAGAGAAUGAUUUAAAAUUCACCAAGAGUCUUGGUACAGAGAAUCACAGAGAAAACACAAGCCGAGAGAGAUUAGCUGUAGAAAGUUCAGCGAGCUCACAUAUGAAGAUACGUAGCCAAAGUUUUAAUACAGACACUACAACAAGUGGCAUAAGUUCAAUGAGCUCAAGUCCUUCACGAGAGACAGUAGGUGUAGAUGCAACGACUGUGGACACUGACUGUGGAAGUAUGAGUACUGUGGUAAGUACUAAAACUGUUAAGACAAGCCACUAUUUGACGCCACAGUCUAACCAUCUCUCUCUCUCUAAAUCAAACUCAGUGUCCCUGGUGCCUCCAGGUUCUUCUCAUACACUUCCUAGAAGAGCACAGUCCCUUAAAGCACCCUCUAUUGCUACAAUUAAAAGUCUAGCAGACUGUAACUUUAGUUACACAAGUUCUAGAGAUGCCUUUGGCUACGCUACACUGAAAAGAUUACAGCAGCAAAGAAUGCAUCCAUCCUUAUCUCAUUCUGAAGCUUUGGCGUCUCCAGCAAAAGAUGUGCUGUUUACUGAUACCAUCACCAUGAAAGCCAACAGCUUUGAAUCCAGGUUAACACCAAGCAGGAUCGAUUUUAAAAAGAAGCAUGUCGGGGGAAUCAGGAGCUUAAGACCUACAAUAACAAACAACCUUUUCAGGUUCAUGAAAGCUUUAAGUUAUGCUUCGCUAGAUAAAGAAGAUUUAUUAAGUCCUAUUAACCAAAAUACCCUGCAGCGAUCCUCCUCAGUGAGGUCCAUGGUGUCCAGUGCAACAUAUGGCAGCUCAGAUGACUAUAUUGGUCUUGCUCUUCCAGUAGACAUCAAUGAUAUAUUCCAGGUAAAGGAUAUUCCCUAUUUUCAGGCAAAAAACAUACCUCCACAUGAUGAUCGAGGUGCAAGAGUGUUUGCCCAUGAUGCAGGAGGUCUUCCAUCUGGAACUGGAGGUCUUGUAAAAAACUCUUUUCACUUGCUGCGACAGCAGAUGAGUCUUACAGAAAUAAUGAAUUCAAUCCAUUCAGAUGCUUCUCUGUUUUUAGAAAGCACAGAAGACACUGGACUACAGGAACAUACAGAUGAUAACUGCCUUUAUUGUGUCUGUAUUGAAAUUCUGGGUUUCCAGCCCAGUAACCAACUGAGUGCAAUAUGUAGUCAUUCAGACCUUCAAGACAUUCCAUAUUCUGAUUGGUGUGAGCAGACUAUCCAUAAUCCCUUAGAAGUAGUUCCCUCUAAAUUUUCGGGCAUUUCUGGAUGCAGUGAUGGAGUGUCUCAAGAAGGAUCAGCCAGCAGCACCAAAAGCACAGAAUUGCUACUAGGUGUUAAAACAAUUCCAGAUGAUACACCAAUGUGCCGUAUACUCCUUCGCAAAGAAGUUCUGAGAUUAGUCAUUAAUUUGAGUAGUUCAGUUUCAACUAAAUGUCAUGAAACUGGGCUUUUAACAAUUAAGGAGAAGUAUCCUCAAACAUUUGAUGACAUAUGCCUUUACUCUGAGGUUUCCCAUUUGCUGUCACACUGCACAUUUAGACUUCCAUGUCGGAGGUUCAUACAAGAAUUAUUUCAGGAUGUACAGUUUUUACAAAUGCAUGAAGAAGCAGAGGCUGUCUUGGCAACACCACCAAAGCAACCUAUAGUUGAUACAUCUGUUGAAUCCUGACCUCAUAUUUAUGAUGUAUAUAGAUGUAUACUAUAUAUAUUCAUAUUUGUGGACUUCUAAAAGCCUCAGAAAAUGCCGAUUGACUGGGCAGCAAAGAUAGGAGUAUCUUCUAUAUGCUGUUCCAGCAAUUACUGGUACAUGAGCAGUUGGAACUGCAGACUUCCCUAACCGAAACAACUUCCUCUCUCCCCCGUUGAGCCCUUUUGGGGGUUCAUUGUUCAUUACCACGGUUUUAAGAGUUUUAGUUACCAUUGUAUGCAAGAGCCAAGCACUGAAUACCUACAUAGGUUUUCUAUUUUUUCAUUUUAAGAGCAUAAUAACAGUGGAACAAUAAUAAGAUAUGCAGAAGCACCCUUCACACCGUUAUUUCUGAAUUCUUUUUUUAGGGUAAAUAUAAAGAUGCCUUGUUUGUUAACUAAUUUGUGGAAACUAGGAAUCAGUGUCUCUGAGGCUGCAUCCUAUUAGCACAAUGGGGUGUGCUGUAACUGCUGGUAUUAGAGGGGGAUCUUUGGCCCUUCCACUUUUUUCUUCAUGUUUAUAACACUACUUCAGAGGUUUGUAACCUCACAGCGAAAGAAGAGCCUCAACAACCAGGACUUAUAAAUUAUUUUUAUGUUACUAGACUUACAUAAAGUUUCUUAUUUGUUUUCCAUCUCUUCAGUUUUGUUGCAAUGUGUUACCAUAGGCUAUUUGAACUAAUUAAGGUUUUUCACUACAGUUCCUGAUUAAAAUCAGAAAAUUAUUUUAUAAUUCAAAGUAUUUUCCAUUCAUAGAAUGCAUAUAUUUUCAGUGGACUUCCAUUUUCAUCAGCUUCCCAUAUCACCAUUUUAAACCAUAACUUGAACAAGCACUAUUAAUUUAGACCUAAAGCAAAAGAAAGCAUUAAAUAAAAUCAUGCAUCUCUUGAGGAAAAGAUAAGUUUGCCUACAAUUUAUACAUUCCAUGGGAAAAGAAAAGCCAUAGUUCCUUUUAAAAAAUCAUUAAUGAAACUUACUAUUACGAUUAAAAAUUGUAGUGAAAAGCCUUAAGUACCAAAUUUUAAAGCAGCAGUAAUUUAAUUUUUAUAUCAGUGUUCUUGUUUUGCACAAACUAAAUGCAGUGAUAGGUGAGUUUAUGAGUACAGUAAUUGCCUUUAUCACAUUUGCAAAGUUAAGUUGAUGAGGGCAAGGUUUUGUUUAUUUGUGUGUUUAAUUUUUGUAUGUCUAAAAAUAUUUGGAAAUCUUUACAGGAAUUAAACAUAUAUGCAAAUUUGUAUAUAAAAAAGCAUGGCCAUCCUCAUUAGAAUGCUUGUAAAUGAAAGGAUUAUCUUUUUUGAGGUCUAUAUAUAAAUAGAAAAAAAAAUCCAGCUGGACUGAUUAGGACCCUUUUUUAAUUCAUUUGUUUAGACCAUUUUUACAGUUAUGCAUCAGCUCUGACACAGUCAUAAUACGUGGAUUAAUAUCUUCCCAUAUUACAGAUCUUUUUUAUAAUGGGCUUGUUCUUUGAGAUAUCUGUAAAGAAUCCUGUGAACUAGAAAAUGUAACUCACAGAGAUUUUUUUUUUUUUUUUUAAUUUACUGGCACUGAAAGUUCCAAUUGGGAUGAAGCAUUUCAUCUCACUUCAUAACACCUCUUUGACUGCACUUCAGUGAAUUGUUCUUAUGUGCACUGUGUAGCAACUUACAUUAUAACAAAGCAGAUAAGGGCUGUAAGCUUCUGCUUAUGUUAAAAAGUGGUUCUUCAGAUUUUCUUUCAUAAAAUCCAACUGAAGAUAAAAGAAAUGCUUUUUUUUUUUAAACUUUAAUUUAUCACUGAACCCAAGUGUUUAUUUAAAUGUCAACAGUACUUCUAAGAACGUUGCCUGUCACCUUGGUCUUUGGUCUUGGAUGAUUAAACUGCCUUCCAGAGAACCAGAUGUCAGAGAUACUAGACCAAAUAGUGAUUAAAAACUCCAAAGGAGGUGAUGUAGUAAUCUUAUUAAUAAUGGGAUUAACAUAUUUUAGACAUUCAUUUUAAACACUACCUCAGUUAAUAUAAAAUCUGUGGUUUAAUCCCUCAAAAGUUAACAGUAAAUUCUUUUUUGUUACAUACACACACACACACACACACACACACACACACACAUACACACACACACACACAUCCCCAUCCCUGGACCCCACCUCACUCAUCAUCAUGAAAUGAAGUCUUCGUUACUAUUAGCCUGAACAGUUUUUUGGAUUAUUACUUUGAAAGAUGUGUGUAUAUAUCAUAAUAUUUGCCUAUAGCACUUAGUUUGGGGAGACAGAGCUUUGUGGUUCUCAGUAAUCUAAGAAAAAUAGAUGUCUAUACUUAAAUGUAUAGUGCUAUUUGGUUUAUCCAUGUUUCACUGACAGGUCUAAUAUGUUUCCUUUAAGUACUUAUUUGUAUAAAAGUAGACUUCUAUGAUGAAAAAUGCUCACAUGCGGUGCCAAGUGAUUUACUUAAGUGUUUAAAAUAUUAAAUUAUAGCAGAAAAGGUUAGGAAUGUUGUCAGUGGUAAUAGAAAUAAUUGAGAAAAGCACCUAUAUGUAAUAGAUAUUAUUACCAGACUAUAAAAUACCAAAAUAAUGUCAAUACUGUACUUUUUCAAGAUUUUAGAAUUAAUCUUAGUCCAUAUAAAUUUGUACUACUGGUAAUUAAUUAUUGAAUAAUUUGGAGGAAUUUGGGCAGUUGUGCUGGUUUUAAACUGUGAAUUGCUAAUUGUAAAGUGAAUUGUCAUUUCUAAUUGAAAUUUUUUUCAAGAACAGAUUUCAGCUUCACAUACUAAUAAGUAAAUACUGAUAAAUAAGGAAAUUAGAAAUUAGUAUUUGUAAUUAAAUAUGGUCUAAAAUUUCUUAUACUUUUACUUCCUAUUUAUGCUUAGAUAGACUUGAGGGGGGAAAAAGUCUUUUCUCCCUAAUAAAAAUUUUUCUAAUGAAGAUUGGUAGCAUAAGGGCAUUCUGUAAGACAUUGACUUUGAAAGAGGAUCUUUGAAGGUAUAUACUUUAUUAUGGUAGUUACUCUAACAUCAGGUGUAUAUAAGUCCUUUUGAAAUGGGGUGGCUUUAAUAGUUUUGAGCUCUUUUAUCCAGAGUUUGAGGUAAUUAAAGCUGAGUUUUUCUGGGCAUAUUACAAUGGCAGAGUGUUCAGCAGUGAGGUGGGAAUGCUUAUUUAGAUUUGUCUCCUGCUAUUUAUUUUUUUUCA